AUGUAUGCCCAGGAUGAGCUGCCGCAGCUCCGUUCUGCUCACAAGUCCUGCCGCGAGAAGCAGGCUGCCGAGCACAGCAAGGUCACCAUUUGCGAGGCUGACCUGUACGGCAAGAACAAGAAGCGGAAAGAGCUUUGCAGCAACUUCAACGACAAUUACAACAAGAUCCCGGCACCGCAGAACUUUUGGGCCGCAGGUUGCGAAGUCCACGGUGAUACUCCGAAGGAUUACUUUGGCAAGCAGCUGACUUUCUGGGACACGCUGCUUGCGAGCCACGAUGAGGCGGACCAGCAGUGCAAGAAUGCAACGGCUGCUGCGCUUGCCAAGGAAAAUGAAUGUCUAGUCUUGGCUGCCGUUCGCGCCAACCAAACGAAGCACUGCGACGACAUGCAGGACCGGAUGGACACGCUCGCUUGCAACCAGAUGCGCGGGCGAAUGGGCACCUGCACCGACUACGGCAGGUGCUUUAACAAGAGUCUAGAUGCCUGGCACACGCUGCAGAAGCUCAGUUGUGGCGCGGGUGGCACGCAAGCCAACCUGAAGGCACAGCUCAAAGAAGUUCAGAACUUGGAGUGUGUCAUUGAGGUCAUGAAGGCGAACAGCCAGCCGGCCUGGUCUGCCGGUAGCAGUGCGUGCAGCAAGAAGCAGUUCGACACGUCCAACAUGACCAUUGACUUCUGCACGAAGGGGCCGCCCGAGCGUCUGCAUCUGGAUGACUGUGAUGUGGAUCCGGCGACAGAUUCUAGCAUGCCUGGCAGCGCACCAUACGUGAAGCAGACGUAUUCAGAGCUGCCCAAGACUGCGCCGGCCAAAGCUUGCGACUCCGUGUGCUGUUUGGAGCAGGUCCAGUGCCCAGAGAACUCCAACGGCAUCAGCACCGUUUUGGGCUGUGUAUGCAACAAGGGAUUUCACGGGAAGAUUGUUGCGCUGGCGGACGCGCCGUAUUCCAAGGGCACCUGCGAACCGGUGGCGUGCCCAGCCAACUCCACGGGAGAGAACGUCGGCAAGGGCUGCAAGUGCAACGCGGGCUUCCACGGCAACAUUGUGCCUGUCAGGGAGUCGCCGUAUUUCCGCGGGAGCUGCGCCAAAGUUGCCUGCCCAGAGGAUGCCGUCGGCGGCUAUGUGCCAGAUGGUUGCACGUGCUCGGCAGGCCGUGACGGUGUGAUCUCGGCCUUGGACCGACAUCCCUUCUAUUCUGACACAUGUGAAGCAGUGAACUGCCCUUCCAACAGUGUGGGCGAGGAUGUUGUGCAGGGUUGCGAGUGCUUGCCAGGAUUCAACGGCACAAUUAAGCCCAAGCUGGGCCAGCCUUUCUUUACGGGAGGUUGUCAACAUGUUGCUUGCCCACCGGAGGCAGACGGUGACAGUGUUGCUGUUGGCUGCCGGUGCAAGGCCGGAUACACUGGUGAAGUCACGGCUAUCAAAGCGGCGCCUUUCUAUGCGAGCACUUGCACUGAGGUGCCUUGUCCUGUCGGUACCACAGGUACCUCUGUUUUGGAUGGCUGCACCUGCAAAGCUGGAUCCUCUGGCAACAUUGCAGCAUCCGAUACAGCACCUUUCUUUGAGGGAGCCUGUGCGCCGGUGGCGUGCCCCUCAAAAACCGUUGGUGAGAACUUGCUCAAGGGCUGCGCAUGCCCAGAGGGGCACCAGGGCAGCGUCAAGGCGACAGCAGAAUUUCCAUACUACGAGUCCACCUGCGUGCCUGUUCCCUGCCCGCCACAAUCCUUCGGAGCCAAUGUAGCCAAAGGCUGCACUUGCAGAGACGGCUAUUCCGGUGUGGUCAAUGCUUCGAGCAAGUUCCCUUUCUUCACUUCGACAUGCUUAGCUGCGGCUUGCCCAGCAAACUCUGCAGGCACCUCAGUGCCAGAUGGAUGCCAGUGCAAAUCCGGGUUCGAGGGACAAAUCAUGGCCACGGCAGUGGCACCGUACUUCAACGGGACGUGCAAGGCAGUUCCAUGCCCGUCUGAUUCCUCUGGCACGAAUGUGCCCGAUGGCUGCACCUGCCUACCCGGCAUGGUCGGUGAGGUUUGGGCGACCUCAGGUGCUCCGUUUUAUAGAAGCACCUGCAAGUCCUUGGCCUGUCCGCUGCAUUCGAAGGGCAGCUCGGUGCCCGAAGGCUGCGUUUGUGCCCCGGGCUAUGCUGGCAAGGUCGAGGCAGUUGUCGGCGGCCUGAAAAACUCCUGCAGGGCCGUGGCCUGUCCUCAGCAUAGCGAGGGCUCCCUGGUGACGACGGGCUGCAGCUGCAAAGCUGGAUUUACUGGGACCAUCGCCACCGCCUCCACACCACCCUUCUACAGCGGUGGCUGUCAAGCUGUACAAUGUCCGGAGUUCUCGAAGGGAGACAAUGUUGCAGUGGGAUGUAAGUGCAAUGCUGGCUACAGUGGACGAAUCAUGGCUUUGAAAGCUGCCCCUUUCUUCGAAGGUGUUUGCACCGCUGAGGGUUGCCCUGAGAAUGCGGAGGGUGAAGAUCUCGCCAGCGGCUGCUCAUGCAAACCCGGCUACAGUGGAUCCAUAGAGGCCAUCAAGGAGGCCCCUUUCUACAAAGGGAGUUGCGUGCCAGCCGCUUGCCCUGCAAACUCAACAGGCACAGACGUUCCCACAGGAUGCUCCUGCCUCCCAGGCUUCGAAGGGACGGUGGAGCCUAGCACAAAGGCACCCUUCUACAUCAGCACGUGCAAGCUCGUACAGUGUCCCGAGAACAGCAGGACAACGAACACCCAUGCGUUUGGCUGCAAGUGCCAGGCUGGCUACAGUGGAGAGAUUUCGCCUACCAGUCAGGCUCCAUUCUAUACUGGAGAAUGCAAGGAAGUAGCGUGCCCCAGCCAUUCUUCCGGCAGCAGCGUUAGCGAUGGAUGUAGCUGCAGUGCAGGGUACAAGGGUGCAGUGGUAGCAUCACAGCAAAGUCCAUGGUACAUGAGCACUUGCGAGGCGAUUGCAUGCCCCGAAGGUUCUGAGGGACGCUCCCUGCCCUCAGGAUGCAUCUGCUCACCAGGGGAGAGCGGUACCGUCGAGGCGACAACAGAAGAGCCUUAUUACAGGAGUACCUGCAAGGCCGUAGCUUGCCCAGCAAACUCCGAAGGCCGCAGUGUGGUCGACGGCUGCACUUGCGCAAAAGGCUUUGCUGGCUCCGUCGUGGCUUCUUCCAAGGAGCCCUUCUUUCAAAGCAACUGCGUUGCUGUGGGCUGCCCUGCUAACUCCGAGGGCACGGAUGUUGCCAGUGGAUGCACAUGCAAGCCUGGCUACACGGGCGAGAUCGUGGCGAUAUCGGAGGCUCCGUACUACAAGGGUGCGUGCGUGGCGGCAGCCUGUCCUGCGAACUCUAUUGGAUCCAACGUCCCGAGCGGAUGCACUUGCGCUGCAGGCUUCAGCGGCUCCAUCGUAGCAACUUCCAAAUCGCCGUUCUAUGAGGGCAACUGCACCGCAGAACCUUGCCCGGUCAAGUCAAACGGAAAGAACCUGGCCAGCGGCUGCAAGUGCAACCCUGGUCAUAGCGGUGCCAUCACAGCAUCCAUGAAAGCACCCUACUUUGAGGGGUCCUGUUGGCCAGUGGCCUGCCCAGCCAACUCUGACGGUACUGACGUGCCAGCAAGCUGCACCUGCAGGCCAGGGUUUGCAGGCAAGAUUGAGCCUGCGCCGCUAGAGCCAUUCUAUAGUGGUCAGUGUCACAAGGUGACCUGUCCACCACACUCUACAGGCAAUAGUGUCAGUGAAGGGUGUGCGUGCGACGCAGGAUACAACGGCACCAUCCUUGCAACCUCCACUGCUCCAUUCUUUUCUGGCAGCUGUUUGCCCGUUUCAUGUCCUUCAGGUUCAACAGGAGCUGAUGUACUGAGCGGCUGCACAUGCAAAGCCGGCUACAGCGGUAGCAUUGAGGCUUCCAGAGAUUCGCCAUUCUUCGAUGGCACAUGCGUUUCCGUGGAGUGUCCCGACAAUUCUGAAGGACGGUCGGUCUCCGAAGGGUGCACCUGCAAGGCUGGUUUCAGUGGAAAGAUCUCUAAGUCCUCCGAGGCUCCCUACUUCGAGGGAAGCUGCGUGCCUGUGAAUUGUCCGGCCAACUCCGCCGGAGUGGAUGUCACUUCUGGCUGCACUUGCAACGAGGGCUACAGCGGUGCUGUUCAAGCUAUCAGCACUGCACCUUUCUACAAGAGCACUUGUGAGCCGGUAGCAUGUCCGGCGAACUCUGUCGGCAAGAAUGUGCCUGAUGGCUGUUCUUGCAAGCCCGGGUUCACUGGCAGCGUGCUCGCGAGUGCAGACGCACCAUUCUAUCUCAGCAGCUGUGAGCCGGUUGCUUGCCCCAAGGAUUCCUCUGGCCAGAACGUGCCGGAGGGUUGUGCCUGCAAUGCUGGCUUUUCAGGCAAGAUUGUGGCCAAAGCAGAUUCACCGUAUUUCGAGGGUGCUUGCCAGCCAGUGACUUGUCCGGCGCACUCCAAGGGCGUGGAUGUUCCAUCCGGUUGCAAAUGCGAAGAUGGCUACAGAGGUAAAAUUGUGGCUUCCAGUAAAGCCCCAUUCUUUUUCACCGGCUCCUGUACGGCGGUUCCGUGCCCAGCGAAUUCCAAGGGCAAAAGCGUCCCAGAAGGAUGCAUAUGUGAGGAAGGAUUUAGUGGCUCAGUAACUCCUUUGCCAUCUGCGCCCUUCUACCUCAACGACUGUGCUCCAGUCUCAUGCCCAGCAAAUUCCUUCGGGAAAAACGUGCCUGCAGGCUGCCAGUGCAGUGCUGGCUACACAGGCAGUGUGUCAGCUACCAGUGACGCGCCAUUCUAUUUGAACAUGUGCAAGGAGGUGCCCUGCCCGGCGGACUCGAUGGGCCAGGGGAUCGCUAGCGGCUGCAAAUGCCACCCUGGCUUCAGUGGCAACAUCCAGGCCAGCACACAGGAGCCGUUCUACACCGGGAGCUGCGUGGCAGAGGCAUGCCCCGAGAACUCGGAUGGUCUGGACUUGAGCAGCGGCUGCAAGUGCAACCCCGGCUACAGUGGAACCAUUACCGCCACCCAGGUGGCCCCGUACUUCUGUGGCACCUGCGAGCCUGUUGCCUGCCCGGACCUGUCUACUGGACCAGAUGUGCCGACAGGCUGCCAGUGUAAGGAUGGUUCAGGCACAGUAACCCCUUCCAGCAAAUCGCCUUUCUAUGUUAGCACGUGUGGUGCCACUGCGUGA